GAUAUUAUUCAUUAAACGAACAUUGUUGAGCUAUAAAAAUAAUUUAUGGCACAUUUUAAUAUAUUAUUAUUACUCCAGAAUUCAUAUUUGAUCAAAUUUAUGACUUUGUACUUUAUUUUAUCAAAUGAAUUGAGUUCUUCGAUUAUCACAUUGGAUUCUUCGAGUAACACUUUGGACAAAAAUAAGGAAGAAUUGAAUAAAAUUGAUGAAGCUUUGGACAAAAAUAAGGAAGCUUUGGACAAAAGCAAUGAAGAAGAAUCGGAUAGUUAUGAUUGUCCAAUUUGUUUGCAAGAACUUGGCGAAGAUUUUACUGAACAUGAAUGUGGUAACAAAUAUCAUAUAGAAUGUCUUCACCGUUGGGAAGUAGAAAGCAAAUACCAUAAUUGUCCUGUUUGCCGAGAAAUAUUAUAUCCUAGAUGUGUUUUCUGUGGCAAUCGAGUUCUAUCAGGGUAUAGGUAUCAUUUUCAUACUAAAUGUUGCAAAGGAAGAUUAUGUGAAGAUGAUUACAGUUCUCAAAGAGAAAAUUGUUCUGUUUUAAUAUGUUGCAAUUGCGACUCACGUGGAUAUAUUCCAGUAUAUAAAAAACCUAUAAUAGUUCCGUGUGUAAACUGCAAUGAAAAUAAACCAAACCACAAUGUUUCUUCAAAAUGCCUACAUUAUUAUUGUAAGGAAUGUACAGAAGAAAAAGUCACAACUAAUAGUCUGUGUAAACUUUGUUCAAAACCUUUAAAAGUUAACAUUUUCAAAAAGUGGUAUCAUAAAUUAGCUUCAUUUCAUUAAUGUAACUGACAUACAGAUAUUAGAACUGCUAACAUCUUUAUUAUUUUUAUUUUUACUUUAAAUUUUAGCUAUAAAUAACCUUGGCUUUUAAUUAAUACUAUUUUAUAUUAAUUAUUAACAAUCUGUUUUUAUUUAUAUUAUUUAAAAUUAAUUUGAAUAUAUACAAUUACUAGACAUAUUUUUAUUUAAUUCUGUAACCAAGAAUGUAACACAUAGUUAUAAAAAUAAGCUACUCUUAAUAUAUGAUAUUUUAUGAUGCAGAAAACAGGACUGUUAAAUUUUGAUUUACAUAUCUAUCAAUCACAAUUUUUAUAAAAUUAAGAAUACUAAGAACAAUAAAUGUAGUACAACACACGUUUUAAAAAAAUAGUCACUUAAUAUUUUUUUGUAAAGUGAACUCAUUCUCGGAGAAAUAACAAAAUAUGUACGAUUUUGAGUAUUAUAGAAUAAACACAACUUUAGUUUUGUAUAGUUAUAUUUUUAAUAGGGUUUCUUAAUUAUAAACAACAAUAAAAUUUUUGUUAUUAUUAUGAACAUCAUUUUAAGUUUAAGUUAAAAUUGAUAAAUGUCACUUAUCACAUAUACUGACUCAUAAACAUAUGAUAACAUAUUUAUAUUACUUAAUGAAUUAAAAUCACCACCUAUAUUGGAAUUUAAAUUCCCAUUUUAACUUUUAUCCUUUAUGGGAGUACCAACAUAAUUAUUUAAAUGUCAGCAUACAUAUUCAAAUAGUUCAAAAAAGUAGAAAAUGA